ACCGACAUGGCUUCUUUUACCAAAUUCUCAAUCAAAUCCAUCGCCAGACACAACCCACUGUUCCAUUUCAGAACCAUCGCCGUCUCUCCUCGCAACCAAUCUCAACGAUGCUAUUACUACCACUUCUCCCACCGCAACCUUUUCCUUCACCUGCGGUCGUCUCGCAGCCUAGACGAGGCCUUCAAGCUCCACGCCCUCAUGGUCCUCCAUGGUUACCUAAGCCACAGUCCGGUGCUGGGUGCACAGCUUGUGCACUCGUAUGUCAGCUUUGGUCGCCAUCAGGAGGCCCUGACUGUUUUCCACCACCUGCCCAGAAGGAAUUCCUUCGCCUGGAACUCCAUCAUCAAAGGUUCGGUCACCUCUGGUCGCUUCGAUGAAGCAUUAGCAUCCUAUCAUGACAUGAUCAGCCAUGGCUUGGAUGCCGACCAUUUCACGUACCCGUUUGUUCUAAAGGCUUGCGCGGAACUGUCGGAUCUCGAGCAGGGGAGACAGAUUGGAGAGUCGAUCAAACUCGACGCAAGAACCAACAGCUACGUGCAAUGCGCUCUCAUUGACAUGUUUGCUAAGUGCGGCAGCUUAAGCGAGGCCCGAAGGGUGUUCGAGGAUAUGCCGAUGAGAGAUUUGGUUUCGUGGGGUGCAAUGAUUUGUGGAACCAUGCAAAACGGUGACUGGUUGGAGGCGUUGAAUCUGUUCAGGAGGAUGCGGAGGGAAGGUUUUAGUCUCGAUUCUGUCGUGGUAGCGACUGUUAUUCCGGCAUGCAGUAGAUUAGGAGCUAUGCAGAUAGGAAUGGGACUGCAGGGGUGCUCUAUAAAGAGUGGAUUCAGUGAUGAUCUCUGUGUUUCCAACGCUCUGAUUGACAUGUAUGCAAAAUGUGGACAGACGAAAACAGCUUGUCGACUAUUUCAGCUUUUGGCCCUCAAAGAUGUUAUCUCAUGGAGUAGCUUAAUUGCAGGGUACUCACAGAAUUGUGAAUAUGCCGAGUGCUUGGAGUUGUUUACCGAGAUGCUGAGAUCAAGAAUAAAACCGAGCUCAGUGACUGUAGCUAGUGUUCUUCCUAGCAUAUCUGAACUGAAGACCUUCAAAAAAGGAAGAGAGGUUCACGGUUAUAUUGUAAGAUGUGGGUUUGAGUUCGAUAUCUACAUUGCAACGGCAUUAGUUGAUUUCUAUUGCAAAAGUGGAUUGUUGAGAGAAGCACAGUAUAUCUUUGAAAACCUGUCAGAUUCAGAUAUCACCAUAUGGAACUCUAUGAUUGCAGGAUAUGUCCUCGAUGGUGACGUACAUUCUGCCUUCCAGACAUUGCGAAGAAUCCAUAGAUCUGGACUAAGGCCCAAUUAUGUAACAGUUGUUACUGUCCUUCCACUCUGCAAUCGCUUUGUGAUGCUCAACCAUGGCAAAGAACUACAUGGCUAUGUGACUAGAGGUGGACUAUCUUCUGUGGUCUCUGUGAAUAAUUCAUUGAUAGACAUGUAUUGCAAGUGUGGCUGUCUCGAACAUGGGAAGAAGGUUUACACACAGAUGAUAAACAGGGACAUUGUUACUUAUAACACUAUAAUUGCUGCUCUUGGGAUGCAUGGUCAUGGGAAUCAGGCAGUAAUGUUCUUUGAUCAUAUGAAGAAAGAAAGAAUCAACCCAGACAGAGUGACAUUUAUAGCACUGCUAUCAGCUUGUAGCCAUGCUGGCUUCAUUGACAGGGGUUUCUCCUAUUAUAAUUCCAUGACAGAGGACUAUGGCAUUCUUCCAGAUAUGGAGCACUACUCAUGCAUGGUGGACCUUUAUGCCAGAUCUGGGUACCUGGAUGACGCAUGGGAAUUCAUCAAAAGCAUGCCGGUUGACCCAGAUAUUGAUGUACUGGGGAGUCUGUUGAGUGCUUGUAGAACUUAUAAGAGAAUAGACCUUGCUGAGUUUAUCAGCUCGCGAAUCUUUGAAAAGAAACCUGAAGAUCCAGGUUACUAUGUUCUUCUAUCCAAUAUUUAUGCAGCUGUUGGAAGAUGGGCAGAUGUGAAGAAGGUGAGAGCAAUGAUAAAAGAUAAGGGAUUGAUGAAGAAACCUGGGAAUAGCUGGGUUCAAGUUGGACAAUGCAUUCAUUCAUUUCUCGCUAAAGAUAAGGCUUACAUAGAACAUGGUAUGCUACAAGACAUUUUGAGGAUUCUGUCUCAAGAGAUGAGCGAAGAAGGAUAUAUUCCUGACCUGAUCUCCCUAGCAGAGGAUGAUAACAUUCAUGAACAUAUCAAUUAGAAGGAAGAUUUUGACAGGUAACCACUGUUUUCUCCCUACUAACUCAGGUAUUCGAUGCAAAUUUCUGUCUUGGUUUCUUUUUACUGCAUAUAAGUCGGAAUCAACAUUGCAACAUGUAUAUUAUUAAACUAUCUAGUUGUGAACCACUGUGAAACCAGCAACCCAUUUGCUAGUAUAGGCAUGAAAAGAUGGAUCUUGGAACAUGGUUCAUCGGCCAAGGCAAGGAAUCAAGUGUUUGAGCAUAUUGAGCAUAUAGGUCGAUCCUUCUCAAGUCAAAUGGCUUGCUGAUAUUCAAUAGGAUGUCAAGGGACAUGGAUAAACAGUUUCAAAAGCAGUAUGGAUGAUUUGAAUAGUGUUUCUGAUGUUUCAGGAUCAGAAUUGGGAGUUAUUUUGGAAGCCUCAGACAUGUUUCAUUUGAUUCCGAUAGCUGUAUAAUAAACAUGCCUUUGGCAAAAAUUUAGUCUCCAGUUUAUGUUGGAUGUAACCACAGAGUAGCCGGCAGAGACCUCACAUCUCGAUCACCCUUUAAUUCUUGGGUUGGAUUGGAGUUCCUAAUUGUUAGGACGUCUUUGAUUGAUUACAAUACUUGUCAAACGAGGCUACAAAAAUAUUUUCACUGUCAUUCUAUGAUUGGAUGAUGUUUGUAAUUGAGAUACCUCUUCCUAUAAUUUUUGCAACAGUGUAUAAAAUUUUUUUGAUGCAAAUGUAAUUUAUUCCCAGACUGGUUUCUUUCUUUUCAAUAUAUUGUCCAAUUUAGCACUGGUAUUGGAUUUCCUGCAUGCUGUAGAUACAAUCACUGAAUUGUUAAUUACCUUUAUUUAUAGACCUAUAAAAAACCCUAAAGACAACAAUGGAAAUAUGUAGUCUUGACAGUAGAAACCCAAGAGACAUCUAAAAAUAUUCGAGUGGUAGAAAACCAAUGGUAGGGCACUAGUAGUUGGUUGUUUAUAACUUCCAGUAACUUUGCAGAUGUUUAAAAUUUUGGUACAUACUCAUCGUGAUUGCUCAUAUUUUCUAGGAUUUCAUUGUAGUAUCAGAGUCAAUGAUGUUUAUAAUGUUUUGGCAAGAAAUUUUGAGAGAAAAGGUUAGAGAGUUACAAAGGACCAGUCUAAAUUCAAGUAAUGGAGAACGAGGCGACCUGAGUGUUUUCUGUGUCUCAAAUAAGUCUAUUUUCACAAUGAUUAAACAAUGCAGCCGAGGGUUUGUAAGCCCAUUAAUCAUUGCUGCCUAGGGUUUGGCCCAGGCGCAAUUGAAGAGUAUUUGAUGCAAGCAACUCGAGCAACCGGACCAAUUCCCAUGUGCUUUCCCGGGCGUAGACGCGAAGCCUUCUUCUCAUGUGGUGAUGUUGACGCUGCGGCCAUUAUUAACAAUAACAAGGUUCGGCAUGAGCUCCAACGUGACGAGCCGGGAUGGACGUGGGGGACGGUGCCGCAAUCAACGUGUUUGCUUUAUUACUGCAAAGAACUACUUGUACAGCAAUGCAGCCACCAGAUCAUGAUUCCCUGGGCCAUUAUGUCCUUUGGAAGUGGCAGCUCUUUCUAUCAAUUAAUUGGACACGGAAAAGCGUUGUCACUCACUGCAGUGAAUUCAACUUGAGGCCACAGCAUGCAUGUCCUCUUUGACGCUUCCAAUUGUUCCAAGGAAGCUUUGGCGACGAUGGCACUGCUCUUCUACGAGCAUGACUACAGAGUGUCCCUGCAGACCAAAGCAAGCAUGAUAUAAUACUAUGAACAGUUGACUGAUGGGAAGAGAUCAUGUGAUUCCAUGUAAUUUGGAUGUCAUGUGGGAGGAGGAUCUGCAGCAUCGCAAGCUUCGGCAUGGCACGUGGGAAAGCCGGCAGUCCUGCGUGGGAUUAAGCUGUCACUGAUAUGCACUCUAUCGGCUUUAGUCUGACGACGAUAUAACGAUGAGAAAAGACGAACGAGACAGCGAAGCAAAUAAAGAUGAGGAAAAAGGAGAGAGAUCAAUCGGUGGAAUCCACUGCCACCACUGCACCUCACAUGCCGUCUAUAAAGCCAGACUCUGCCACAUCCACUACUGAUCCAUCCUUUGUACCCGUUUCCCUCUUUCCUUGGGCUUCCACACACACCUCUAGCAUCUCUCUCUUGUUGCUUCACCAGAACGUCCGAGGACGGUCGACAUACGUGAUAGAUGGCGGACGAGGGCACGGCCAACUGCAUCGAUAUCCUCCUGGCCAUCAUCCUCCCUCCACUGGGUGUCUUCCUCAAGUUCGGAUGCCAGGUGGAGUUCUGGAUCUGCCUGCUGUUGACGUUGUUCGGGUACCUCCCGGGCAUCAUUUAUGCUGUGUAUGCCAUCACCAAGUGAACUCGUUUCUCCUACUUCAG